AUUGUCAAAGAUUGGUUAUCAGUUGGUGAAACAUUACAUGAACAUCCACAUCCCAAAUAUUAUAUUACUAACUUGUUUUACUAGAGGACAUAAAUCUGUUAAAAUUGAUUAAUUGAUCUUAAACAAAAAAAAAAAUGUCAGUGGUUAAAGAAAUCCCAUUGGAAGUUGUAAAACAACACAACAAAAAAGAUGAUUUAUGGCUGGUUAUUGAGGACAAAGUCUAUGAUUUAACUAAAUUUCGCUUAGAGCACCCUGGAGGCGAAGAAACAUUGGAUGAUUCUGCUGGCAGAGAUGCAACAAGAGAUUUUAUCGAUGCAGGACAUAGCAGUGAAGCAAGAACAAUGAUGAAGAAAUACUUAAUUGGAGAAUUACCGGCUGCAGACAGAAAGAAGCCCUUACCAAUUAGUUGUUUUAUUUCAAGGGAAAUUGGACUUGCUGUUGGAGCCAUUGUUAUUGGAAUUGCAACUGUAUUCAUCAUUAAAAAAAUGGUUUUAAAUAAGAAUUGAAAUCUUUAUGGAUAUUUUUAUUCCAACUCCAUAAUUAAAGUUGUAAAAAAAGAUCGACUAUUGUCUCUGAAUUGCUGAAUGACCCUUAAAACCGAAAAAAAUGAUGCAAAUAGAUUUAAAAUUAAAAUAGAAAAAUAUGUAUAUCUACCUAAACGCGUAAAGGCAAUACAUUCCAAUGUAAAUGAAAAAACAAAAUAUGGUGCAUAAAAUGCUUGUCUCUUACUGUGUUGAAUUUUAUUUUAACAAAAAGUAUUAUAGGUAUGUGCACACUUAUUUCAAUAAAUAGCUCAAUGUUUUAUCAAAAAAUAUAUAAUAAUUACGAAUUUUGCCCAAACGAGUACUAAAAAAUGCAUUUUGUAUAGAUCAUUUUAGGAAAUAAUCUUUUUAACAAUGUAUAGUUGCAGAUUAACAAAUAAAUCAAUUGUAAAAUUGAAAUCAAUAAACAAUUUUGUAAUAUAAUAAUUAAUAA